AUGGGUUUUGGAGAAGACCAUUGCAAGGAUGUGUGGGCACCCUUUGGAUUAUCAAUCUUUACAUCAGUCGUCACCAGUCUCUUGACAAUCAUUACGUUGCCUGGCAACCUGUUCAUCUGCAUAGCUAUAUUGAAAGAUCCUAAUAAGGAAUUGAAGACCUCAUUCAACUACUUGCUUUUCAACAUGGCGAUCUCCGAUCUCAUCGUGGGCGUUAUAACACAACCGAUCUUCGUCCUAUUUCAUGUCAGGGAGGCUCUUGGCUACAGUGUGAUCACGUGGUACGCCCUACCUCACAUGUCGUUCUUCAUCACGUGCACAGCAUCUUUGCUUAGCAUCGCCGCACUCGCCAUUGAACGAACCAUAACAGUCAAUGCACAACAUAGACAGCGGAUAACCGCAAAGCGCGCCAUAAAGUGCUCGAUGCUUAUAUGGGUUAUCUCGCUUACACUUCCGUGCUCCUACUUCAAGCUUGGCUAUUUUAAAUUCGCCUUCAUUUUCGCUAUUUUCACCGUCCUUGUCACAUUAGCCAUAAUCAUCGUUGCCUUUUUGAAAAUUUACGGGAAUGUGUCAAAGGCGUCACGCAACUUGAAGAUAAAUGCGUCAGGCAAGACUGCACAACAGUCGUCACGCGUUGUGCAGAAGAGAACUGAGUUCGAGCAAAAAGUCACGCGAGGUUUUCUGGGUAUUCUAGCUUUCUAUGCGCUAUGUAACCUCCCCGCUUGCAUCUUCAUCUUCAUCGUCAAUCUUUGCGAUGAAUGUAGCUGUUUGCUGAUCCACUGGUCUCGUGAUUUGUUAUUGCUUCUCGUUUUGAUGAACUGUUCGGGGAAUCAAUUUCUAUACGCAUGGCGCAUGAAAACAUUCACCCGAGCUUUUAGCAGAUUGACCAAUCACAGCGUGUCUGAGGGAUCAUUAGCGGCGGCGAUGCGGCUACCUGACGGCACAUCCAGAGUAAGGCCACAAAAUGCUCAAGGCACAAACCCGCAUAGUGCGCAUGUCACACCGACCGCUGACCAAUAG